AUGGCGGAGGAAUUAAACGUAAGUGAGCUUGCAGACCUUCUCGGGGAUGAGGAGCUGCUUGACGUGGCGGCGCUCGAUGCAUCACCGCCAGAGGCGGCCAAGGAUGCGUAUUUGAGCGGCGAAGAUUCUGGAAGCAGGAAAAGGCACAAGAAGAGAAACAAGCGGUUACGUCGCGUCCACAAGCGCAGCAACCCGUCUAAUGCGGAGGAGCACGAAGAAAGUGCUGAGAAUUCGGAUGAAGCUCCGAGGAAGCGUUCCAAGUACGUCAUAGAUGCAGCAGAAAGCGGUGGCUCAGAAUCGGAGGGUGACGACUUUAUUGUGGGGAGUGACGAGGAGAAUGAGGAUAGCGUCUACCGUGACGAUAUGCCUACGUAUGAACCGCGCAAAACCCACAUAUUCCGCGAGGGAGAGGAGAACAUGACAAGCGAGGAAUUGGCACGCGCCAUCGAGGAGCGUCACCGCGCCAGAAAGGCAGGAGGGCAGGCAGAGGCGUUUCUAUCGGCAGGCCUAGGCAAAGGGAACAUGUCGUCGUUACGCUACGCGUCUCAUCUUUUGCCGCGGGACACGGACCCGAGAGUGUUUGCCGUGAAGUGCCGACCACGGAUGGCGCGUCUGCUUGUAGCUCGGAUUGUAAAUAAGUGCUACGCCUACCGGAUUGGGAGGAACUACGAAAAACGGAAGGUUGAUCUGGGCAUCAUCUCCGUCUUUUGCCUGGACCACGUGAGGGAGUACAUAUACAUUGAGGCCCAUCGCAAGGUUUUUGUCGAGAACACUCUAAACGGUUUGGAUGGGUUAUUUCGCUACAACAUCACCCUUGUGAACCCAUCUGAAUUAAUGCAGAUGAUGGAGCAAAGGCCGUCGCCGGAGAAGUUGCGGGUGGGUUCCUUUGUUCGCCUGCGACAGCGACAGUACCGGCUGGACCUGGCACAGGUGGUUGAGAUGCACCCCGGUAAUAAUCAAGUUACUGUGAAGGUGGUGCCGCGUGAGGACUUCAUUGGAAAAUCGUUUAACAAGGUUGAAACACGCCUGCCGCCACGAUUUUUUGUUCCCACACUUGCGGCAUAUGUGCAGGAUCGUGGCAAUUUUUACCGUUGGGGAGAUUUGACCUUUGACAAGGAGGGCUACCUGCUCAAGACCAUCUCUGCCCGCAUGGUGAUCAGCGGCCCACAAAUGGAGAAGCCAACUGUGGAGGAACUCGCUCUUUUUUUAAAUAAUGACCGUGAACGUGUACGUGAGGCUGUUGCGCAGUUUGUCUCGGACGUUCAUCAAGGGGCAGGGCUUCGCAUUGGUGAUACCGUGCGGGUGGCGUCGGGGCAGCUGCGAGAGACUGUGGGUACUAUUGAAAAUAUAUUUUUAGACACCAAUACGGUUUCCCUCGCGUGUCACGUCACUGGGAGGAAGGAGACGAUAAAGGUGCGUGUUGAGCUGGCGACGUGUGUGAAGCACUUUGCGGUUGGCACGCAUGUUAUAGUUAACAGUGGAGAGCGGGCCGGGGAGAGUGGUACGGUGGUGAAGGCCUCCGGAGACGUGGUGUACAUUUUCUCUGAUAGGGCCACUGCCUCGCGUGAGUUGGCGGUGCGUGCCAGCGAUUGCCACCAGAGCAACCUGAUUGGCUCCUUCGGUCACACCUCUGGCUCGUGGCGGCUGUUUGACUUAGUGAUGCUGGCUGACACUUCCUCCGUGGGUUGCAUCGUACGCAUUAACCGCAACGACAUAUGCGUCUUGACGGACCGCAGUGAGACGCGCUACCUAUCACCCGUGCAAAUCAAGGCUGCCGUUACAAGCUCACGUCAGACGACAGAUCGACUGAACAACGUCAUAACGCGCGGGUCGGAGGUGAACAUACAAACCAGCCCCAACACUCCCUACCACCUAAUCGGGCAAACAGGGCGGGUGGAGCAGCUGUUCGGCUCGGCACUCUUCGUUCGCGUGCGUACUGUGAAGGAAAACGGGGGAUUGGUGGUGCUGGACGCAAAAUCGGUUUUGUUGAUUGGCGGACACACCACGACAAAGCAAAUUCAACAGUCCAAGCAACUCCCUGUGUGCAGCGGAACUUGCACAGCGCCACGAAAGGCGAUUUUUCUGUUCCCCACGCGCGUCUGGCCUCUGAGGAUUGGAUGA